AUGACUAAUUGGGAUCCCUUGGAUGAGGACGGCGAAUGCUCGACCAGCAAAGAUAAGAAGGAUGCUCAGUACAUCUGUGAUAAGCUAGACAUUCCGUUUUACGAUUUAACUUUUGUUCGCGAAUACUGGCUGUAUGUUUUCCAACCACUUUUGAAGUACUAUGAGUACGGUUGGACUCCUAAUCCAGACGUAUUGUGCAAUCGUUUCAUAAAGUUCAAUUUUUUCGCCAACAAAGUCUUGCGAAAUCUUCAGCAGGAGGAUGAUCCCUCGCAAAGCUCUAAACAACGGUGUUCAUUGCAGGUGGAUGCAAUUGCAACGGGUCAUUAUUGCCAAAAUUCGUUCGGAAACUAUUUGCAAAAGCGCUCCUCAGAAAGACCUUUUUUAAUGCGCAGCGCCGACCCCGUAAAGGACCAGACAUUUUGGCUAUCAACACACCAUGGGCUAUACUUCGGUAUUUUACUCCAACCAGAUUACCACGCCAACUUUGCAUUGUUUAAACUAACCUCUACUGAAUUAUACUGUUCUCAAUAA